AUGGCUAAUAUAUUUUAUAAUCAAUUAGUGGAGCAGAUGGAAAAUCAAAGCAAUAUUAGAAAUAUAUCAGUGAUUAGCCAAACAGGCCAUGGAAAAUAGACUCUAAUAGAUCAACUGGUUCAUAAAGCUGGCAUUGAUUUAAUGGAUUAGUCUCAAUAAGAAAUAAUGAUAAAUAAAUGUGCUAAUUUAUUACUAUAUUACAAAUAUGAUAAAUAAUUGAAUGGUAGAAUGGAAUCUUUUAUAUUAAAUUUAAUUGAUUCUCCUAAAUCUCACAAUUGUUAUAUCUCUUUAACAAGUUUAGGAAUUAAAGAUGGUGUCUUAAUAGUAUUUAAUGAUGUUAAGGGAAUUUGUUCACAAAUAUAAUCUACUUUAUAAGUAAUUAUGAAAGAGAAGAUUAAGCAUGUGUUAAUAAUAAAUAAAUUGGACAGAGCAAUUUUAGAAUUGUCAUAAGAUGGUGAAGCAAUGUAUUAAUCUCUAAUGGAAGCAAUAGAAAGAAUAAAUGAUAUUAUACAUAUAUACUAAUAAGAGGAUAUGGGUGAUCUUUGA